GGAGACGACGACACUGCACGAACCCUCGGCGCCAGACCGCCAAACAGUUCAUCUUGAAACUUGGCCGGGCGAGGUUGCGCGCCUCAUGCUCUGUGCUGCAAAAUGGAGACGGACGACAAGAAAAAAUGUUCAGUGGAAGCGAGGGAAGAAAAUGGUUUAGAGAAAAAGGUGGAUGAAAACAAGAAGAGUGAAGAAAAUGAGGAUAAAAAUGCCCCGCCCAAGAAUCAAGAAAAAAACAGUGAAGUGAAAGCGAGUGACAUCACGGUGAAGGUUGAUGUCCGAGAAAAACAGAUUAAUGAAGAGGAAAAACAAAAGGAAGAGAAGAAUGGAAAGGAGAAUAAAGAGGAGACGCUCCCCCUCAAGACCCCCCCAGUCGAGGAGCACCCGGGAGGGAAGAAGAAAGAAAUCGUCCCGGCGCGAUGGGUGAUGGCGGUCCUCGGCUGCAUAGGCUUCAUGAUCGUCUACGGCUUGAAGGUCAACCUCAGCGUCGCCAUCAUCGCCAUGGUGAACCACACGGCGGUGGCUGAGAUGGGCGGCCACCACGACGACGAGGACGAGGACCACCACGGGAGCAACGCCACGACCAACGAGUGCGGCGUCGAGGAGAAGAAGGAGGCGCUGGAGGACGGACCUUUCGCCUGGGAUGACAACAUUCAGGGGCUGAUUCUUGCGGCUUACUUCUACGGCUACAUCUUCACCCAGGUUCCUGGCGGUUGGUUCGCCGAGAAGUUCAGCGCAAAGCACGUGUUCGGCGUCGGGGCCCUUCUGAAUGCCCUGUGCGCCCUGCUGUGCCCCAUCGCCUCCAAAGCCUCGUACAUUGUCCUGGUCGCCCUCAGGAUAGUCAUGGGUAUUGCUGGGGGUGUAACGCUUCCGGGGAUGCACGUUCUUAUCGCCAGCUGGGCACCGCCUCAGGAAAGGAGCAAAAUCGCUUCUACUGUUUAUGCCGGCAUGACUUUGGGCACGCUGGUCUGCAUGCCCUUCUCCGGUCUCCUUGCCUCAGAACUCGGUUGGGAAUCUGUCUUCUACAUUCAAGGUGGACUGUCUCUCUUGUGGUACAUUCUUUGGCUGAUAUUCGUCUAUGAUUCCCCGGCCAAACACCCAAGGAUCUCGCGGGCCGAAAGACGCUUCAUUGAGGAAUCCAUUGGUACUACUUCCAAGUCUGAGAAACCACCAAUCCCGUGGAAGAGCGUGUGGACCUCCAUGCCCGUGUGGGCCAUCAUCGUCGCCCACACCUGCAGCAACUGGGGCUGGUACAUGCUUCUCGUCAAGCUGCCAACCUACAUGCGCUACAUUCUUAAAUUUGAUAUCAAGGCUAACGCAGGGCUAUCAGCUGUACCGUUCUUGUGCAUGUGGAUCUUUACUAUGAUCAACGCUAACGUCCUGGACUUGCUGCGCUCAAAGAACCUCAUCACUACAACUUUUGCUCGAAAGUUCUCGACUUUCGUUGCCUCCAUCCCGCCUGCCAUCUGCCUGAUUUCCGUGACAUACGUGGGCUGCAACACGGACCUGGCGGUGGCCCUGCUCACCCUGGGCACCAUGUUCAUCGGCGGGAUGUAUUCCGGCUUCCUCUCCAACCACAUUGACAUCGCCCCGCCCUUCGCCGGGACGCUCAUGGGCAUCUCGAACACCUUUGCCACCAUCCCUGGCAUCGUCGUCCCUUCCUUUGUGGGAUACAUGACCCACGGCAACCAAACCGUGGAGGCCUGGCGGGUCAUCUUCUUCAUCACGCUGGGCAUCUUCGGGCUGGAGGCCGUGUUCUUCUCGAUCUUCGGGUCGGGCGAUGAGCAGCCGUGGGUGAGGCCCAAACCCAAGCCCGGCGACCCCGAGCAGAUGAGGCUCAACGAGGCCUAAGGAGGCGCAGUCACGCAGGCUAAACCUCACGGGAUCAAAGAACGCACCACUAAAGAAGGCGGAGAAGUGAAAGAAGGAAGUGAGAGAGGCGAGGGAGAUGAGAGAACGAGAGAGAAGGGAAGAGUUAUGAUUGAUCAGGUUUCGCCCUGAUUUGGGUCCUCUCUAAGACCAAACAACACAAAAAGAUAUAAUCGAGAAAUCAUGCACUUACAAAUUAAUAAAGUUGCAGAUGAACUGUGGUACACGACAAAUGGGGCAGCCAUAAGUAAUUGUUUUUUGGCAGUUACUGAGAAGAGGAUGUAGUCAUGAUGCUUUUGUGUGGUUCCUGUAUAAGCCAGUGACUUUUUCUCAAAUUUAGAAGAUAGGUACAUAUAUUAUAUAAACUAAGUAAAAUGUUUGAAAGAGGAAAAGACAGUGAAAGAGCCCAAGGUUCUUAAAUACUUAUGAGAGAAUAACUGAAUUGGAUCGACUUUUCUUAAAGGAUAUUAAAGUACAUGAUUUGCCCUUUCGUUUACCAAUAUGGAUUAAAUAAUACAUAUAGUUAAUAAUGAUAAGAAAGUACUGGUAAACAUCCUGUUAAUGGCUUUAUAAUCCUGUUAUUUUCUUUAUAAGCUUUUUGAAGGGUAUGUUAGAAAAUGUGGCUGUAAAAUUGAUAUAUUUUCAAUUGCCUUCCUGUUCAUUAUAAGUCUCCCAUAUAAAGAGUAGUCAUAUUGAGAUUAAGCAAUGAAUGGAAUUCAGUUCACCUGGGAUUUCGUUGUAAUUGUUCGUCUGGACACUGUUCUCUACGUUCUGUGAAUGCAAAUGAAUGCUAUGUGUUCAAAUGUGUUUUAGAAAUAAACACAUUUUUAUCUAUUAGUUUAGGAAUAACGACCAUCAAUGAAAAUGGUGAUGUCGCUUUACACAAUUAAACAUUCAUACAGUGAUCUGCAUAAAUAGCUGUGUAUUUAUAGUAUAUCAUCAUGUUAACACGUCGCAUAGCAAGUAGUUGUGUAUUCAUAAUGUACAAUGUAAACAUGUUAUAUGUAUUAUAUUUACAUAUUGCAAAAAAGGGAAUACUGAAAAGAGUUAUUUUUCCACACGGAUAUUUAUUUUAGAUCUAUACCUACUGAAGAGAUUCCUCUGUAGCAAAACUAUUAUUCUAUAUCGCUCUGUACAAGUGAGAUUCUGAAAAAAAAACAUAGAACAGACCCCAUAAUUGUGUAAUGUGAAUAGAACUAAAUAAUAUAACUCAUGUUGUACGCACUGCAAAGUUCCUCGUCUUAAUUCUAUUAUUAAGAAAUUCCAAACAAAUCCAAACGGCAUUGCAAAUAACAAUGGGGUGAAUUAAUUAAUGAUGUAAUAGUUCUUCGUCAGUAUAGCACAGUGUACGUAGGCAGCCAAAGUCUUUGUUCUGGCCGUCCUCUGAAAGCCUUCAGACCAGAGGUUCCCAAAUUGAUGUGCUUAUACCCUUUAGAAGACGGGAAAAAAAUUUCUCCGGGGUACUUUUAAGACUUUAUUUUUCUGUUAUAUCUGUUUAAAGGAUUUAUCUUAUUUUAGGAUCUGGUUAGUUUUGCAAGACUCAAUAGCAUUUUAAGAUAUACAAGGGUGGUGAAUCUUCUAGGGGUACGUGGCUGACUUUAGUUUGGGAACCACUGCUUGAGAUCAAUCACAUUUCCCCCAAAGGACACAAAAAGAAGGAAAAGAAGUAAACAAUGGCAUUAAUCACAAUGCAUUUUUACAAAUGUGUUCCACAACUCUUGAGUAGUGUUUUCCCCAUAAACUUGUUUCUUGUUUAGUCUUUUGUUGUUUUUGUGAAGUAAUAAAGGAAUUAUUUUGCAUAAUUACUCUUACAUUUGUUUAUUCGUCUUUUUGACACUGCGUGACUGCGUACAAGUGACGGAGCGUAAAAAAUGCAGAUAUCCUGAUGAAGGGUUUGUUAAAUGCGCAAAUCAAUUAUUCAUAAUACAUUUUCUUCUUGCCACAGUGAAUUAAAAAGCCGUAUUCUUAUGUAUUCUUAUAUUUAAAUCAAUUUGCUGCAACAGAUCAAGAUAUUGCGAUUACGAAAAAUGAAAGAAAUCAAUAUAAAAAGGUAUGAUUUUUUUUACGAAAACAAGUGCCCAAAAGUCGUUGUGAUAUUAGGUUUCAAAUCAAAGCAGAUUGCAAUCAUGAUAUAAUAUAUCCUUUGCGACUAAUCAAAAUUGAAUUAUGCAAAAAUUAUUCAUCUUACAUUUGUGAUCCUAUGUCGCAAAUUACCUAAGCACUGUGAUUAAUGUGAUUUCUAAUACAAGCUGUGUAUCAGCAACAUGAACUGUAUAUGUCGUAAGCUCUUUAUGGUUUCGUUGUUUUCUUUUGUUGCUGUUAUUUUCGUUUAUAUUCGUAAGUUAGGAUUCGUUCGGUCGGAUUACAGAAUGGAUCCGUAUUCUAUUUUUAACUACGUUUCUAAACGUAAUUUAAAACUCCGAGGAUAAAGAGAGAAUUCA